AUGACCGUUGAUGGUGACGAGACGAGAGUGUGCGUUGACGACGAAAAUGCGGGUACUGGAAGCAGUGGUGAUGAUCAGGAUGUCUCGCAAGGUAGAGGGUGCGCAAACUGUAGCGACUGCCACUCAACCACCUGA